CCCCCCCACCUCUUAGGACUUCAUCACGAUCAUAAACAGGAUCUCCGAAAUCAUGAUACUGUCUGAGUAUAAUAAAUAUCCUCGGAUAAUAGGUCAAUAAGCUAAGUCGUUGAUCUAAGUAACGUUAUGUGCGGGGAUGAUUGAAGCUCACAAUGCUCCUAGUGUUGAUGAUAUGCAUGACAUAUCCGCAAUCACUUGAGAUGCAUGAUUCUUGUCUGUCCUUUAUGUUGUGUACUUAAAUAGUUCCUCCUGCCUCCUUUCUUUCUUCUUGUACGCGCUGGCAUUUAUAGAAUCAAGAGUUACCUACUCAUAUACCCUUCGUGAACCCAGCCCAUGACGUAUACUCUAGCAACACGGAUAUCGAGAGGAGCUUUACAGCUGCGAACGAUCAUGAUGGCCACCACUCCAAAACCGCAAGAUAAGAGGGAGGGCAAUAUUUCGGAUUCGUUCGUAUCUUUAUCUGGAGCGGCUAGACCACCUCUUCCCCAACGAUUCCUUGACCUUAAAAGGACUCUGGUUGAUGGGCAUGAAGGUCGUGUAACUCAAAGCUGGAACCGGCUUCUUGCCGAACUCAAGAACGAGAAUAAAAUCAUUUCCGAAAAGGGGCCUUCUGUCACCCCAAGCCUCCACUUUCAUGACUUAGACGCAGAUCUCGGCAGGCUUCGUGGGGAACUCGAGAAGCGAGGCGUCGCCGUGAUUAGGGGAGUGCUUCCUGAAGAUGAGGCUCGCUCUUUUAAAAACGAAAUCGAAGAGUAUGUGAAGCAGAAUCCCCACACAAAAGCGUUCCCGCCUGACAAUCCACAAGUCUAUGAACUAUAUUGGUCUACGCCUCAACUUCGUGCUAGAGCGCACCCGAAUUUGCUGCGAGUACAAGAGGUACUCAUGAAGUUAUGGCACACAUCGGACCCUGAAAGUGCCAUAUCAAUAUCGCAGCCUUUGGCGUAUGCGGAUCGUCUACGUAUAAGACAACCCGGUGAUGUCACUUUCGCCCUAGGUCCUCAUAUCGACGGCGGUAGCGUCGAGAGAUGGGAAUUAAACGGCUACGGUCUCGGCGGAGUGUACAACAAGAUAUUCGAGGGCUCUUGGGAAGAUUACGAUCCGUGGGAUGCUAGCACGAGAGUCCCGGCUGUCAUAGACAAUUACAACGGACUAGGAGCCUGCUCUAUGUUCCGUAUGUUCCAGGGAUGGCUGAGUAUGAGCACCACGAACCCAUUUGAGGGCACUCUCAUGGUGAAUCCAGCAAUCAAGCUAUCGACAGCUUACUUGCUACUCCGACCUUUCUUUAGGCCAAUUAAAGACGUCAACCAAGUAUCGCCCGAGGAAUAUCUUGCUGCCAAAAAUUGGGAGUUUGCCGGAUCCGAGAUGACAAGUGAACUUCAAGGAGCGACUCCGGGGCAUGGACAGGAAUUGAAUGCGGUAUUACACCCGCACUUGGACCUCGACCAUACCAUGGUUCAUGUCCCAGCCAUUAAGCCAGGUGACUAUGUAGUAUGGCAUUGCGAUACUAUUCAUGCCGUUGACAAAGUCCAUAAAGGAAAUACGGAUUCGAGUGUACUCUACAUCCCAGUGUGUCCGGUAACGGAGUCGAACGCCAAGUAUCUUGUGCGACAGAGAAACGCCUUCUUGAACGGAACUCCCGGUCCAGAUUUCCCGGGCGGUCGAGGCGAAGCUGAUCACGUCAACCGGCAUACUGAAGCAGAUCUCCGCUCAUAUGCCGAUGUCGAGGGAUUGCGAGCUUUCGGGUUUGAAAAGCUUGUUCCGCGUACGCUAGAUACCAAUGGAGCAACGAAUGUUACUUCGCUAGCAAACGAGAUCCUAGGAUUCUAGAAAAGCGUCUAAUUUUAGUUCUAGCUAGUUAACCAAUUAGGCAAUGCUUCCUAUCUACAUCAGGUAGUAGUAAACCCCCACGAGCUGGGGAAAUAGAGGGGAAGGUGAAAAGGGAAGCGUAGUCGAUAUAAAUUGCACAUUCGUAUAUAAUGACGCCUUAGUCGAAGGAGCGAGGCGUGACGAAGAC